AUGGAUGUGAAGCAGAGCAUGCAAGUGAAGUGGUGCACCAACAAGGACUGCUUGGGUCUCCGUAAACGUGUCUGCGGACUGCAUCAAACCUUUAAGUGGCUCCACCAGACACCCGCCCUCCACGAGUAUCUCAUCUCCGCCAGCUCCGUCGCUGCAAACACAGCAGCAGCAGCAGAAGAAUCUACGCUCUAA